GUCUGUUCUCGUUCUUAUUCAUCUUCUACUUCAUUACUCGGGUCGAUAGGCACAAAGUGGAUUAACCAAAUUCCAAUUUUCGAAGUCUUGUUAGGUACCCUCAACAAUGACAACUCUGGGUCUUGGCCUUCCACCCUUCAACACUCUCAGCGUCUCGCGUUGUAGUUCCAGUUUUCGAGAUGAACAUCGCAUGAUGCAAUUGGGUUCAGGUUAUUGCCUCAGCUCUCCAGAUCCCUCUCAUCUGAAACUCAGACGCUCUUAUAGAACACGACAAAGGUAUUCAAGAAUCAUACGAAUGCAAGCAGUUGAAGAGGAAUACGAGUUGAAGCAAAUGAAAGAUAUGGCUGCAGCUAGAAAGAGAUGGGAAGCUAUGGUCAGGCAGGAAAAAGUCAAAGUUCUCACACCAAGGGAAGCUGGGUAUGCAAUUCAACUCUCCGACAAAACGCUACUCGACGUUCGUCCCUCUACUGAACAUAAAAAGGCAUGGGUUAAAGGCUCAACCUGGAUCCCGAUCUUUGAUGUUGAUGAUAGAUUUGAUGCUGGAAUUCUCUCCAGAAAGGACAUCUUUGUUGGUGGAACUGACACCACUUCCACAGUCCUAGAAUGGGCAAUGACAGAGCUAUUAAGACACCCGAGAGUCAUGAAUGAUGUGCAAAAUGAAGUGAGAGAAAUUCUUAAAGGUAAGCCACACAUAACAGCAGAUGAUCUGGAUAAAAUGCACUACCUUAAAGCAGUGGUCAAAGAAACUGUUCGUUUGCAUCCUCCUUUCCCAUUACUCGGACGUGAAGCGAGUGAAGAUGUCAGAGUAAUGGGCUAUGACAUUCCAGCCGGAACAGCAGUUAUUAUCAAUGCCUGGGCAAUCGGAAGGGACCCCGCGACAUGGGUUGAACCUGAAGAGUUUCAGCCUGAGAGGUUCUUGAAUUCUUCUAUAGAUUUCAGAGGGCAUGACUUUGAAUUGAUUCCAUUUGGAGCUGGCAGGAGGGGCUGCCCAGGGACCUCCUUCGCAAUUGCCACCAAUGAGUUUGUGUUAGCAAAUCUAAUGCACAAGUUCAACUGGGCAUUGCCUGGUGGAGCCAAGGGAGAACAUCUGGACUUGACUGAAUGCUCUGGUGUUACAAUCCGCAGAGGAAUACCUCUCCUUGCUGUUGCAACUCCAUGUUCUUGCUAGUGUAAUCUGUGACAUUGUCAUGUUUGUUGCAUGUUUCCUGUUUACGACAAUAAAACAUAAUUAAAAAAGAGUGUGUGUAAGAAUAGACCAAGUACAAUUAGCUUAAAGAAUUAUUGGAUUGUGAAUUAGAUAAUGAGAACUGAAAUCCUAGAAGAAACUUUUCUGACUUAUCACAUUUGUUUGUGUUA